AUGGAUAAAGCAUCUGUGUUAAAUUUUAAUAUUGGUGUUUUAGGCCAUGUUGACAGUGGGAAAACUAGCUUGUCCAAAGUGCUGAGUACGGUUGCCAGCACAGCAAGUUUUGACAAAAACCCGCAAAGCAGAGAGCGAGGCAUAACACUGGAUUUAGGCUUUUCAUCUUUCGCCGUCGAUGUAGCAGAAUUCAAACAAGAUGUGUUGAAGGGCUACAAGACAGUGCAGUAUACUCUUGUGGAUUGUCCCGGUCAUGCAAGUCUCAUACGCACUAUAAUUGGGGGAGCCCAGAUUAUUGACCUGAUGUUGCUGGUGCUAGACAUCACAAAGGGCAUGCAGACGCAAACAGCCGAGUGUCUGGUUAUUGGUGAAAUCACUUGUAGCAAAAUGAUUGUGGUGUUAAAUAAAUUAGACAUGAUAUCUCCCGACAAGCAGUCUUCCGCUGUGGACAAGUUGAAGAAAAGAAUGUGGAAGACAUUAGAGACAACAAAGUUUGCCAACUGUCCUAUUGUGGCUGUAGCAGCUAAGCCUGGAGGACCAGAAGCUACAGAAACUGAAGCAGUUGGCAUUCAGGACCUGAUCUCUGCCAUUCAAAACAAUACUUAUCUACCAUCAAGGUCUGAGGAGGGACCUUUCAUCUUUUCAGUAGAUCAUUGUUUUUCCAUUCGAGGCCAGGGCACAGUGAUGACCGGGACGGUAUUGAGUGGGAAAGUGUGUGUCAAUGAUACUGUUGAAAUUCCAUCUCUUGGCCUCAGUAAGAAAGUGAAAUCAAUACAGAUGUUUCACACACCAUUUGAGAAAAUUAGGCAGGGAGAUCGCGCUGGAAUCUGUGUGACCCAGUUUGAUCCAACACUUCUAGAACGUGGCCUCGUCUGUUCUCCCGGAACCUUAGUGACAGCCGAAGCCGUCAUCAUUUCAAUCAACAAAGUCAUAUAUUACAAGGGGCCUGUGUCCACGAAAGGGAAAUUUCACAUAACGCUUGGUCAUGAAACUGUCAUGGGUAGGAUCAGCAUUUUUGGUUCACCUCCCGAGAAGAAUAAUGAGCAACAGGAAUCUGAUAUAACAGCAGCUUCACAAUGUUUAGAUUCAUUACAUUUAGCCACUGAAACUUUUGACUAUACCAAAGAUUACAUAUAUCAGGAUGAGCUGUUUAGCUCUAAUAAUAAAACUGGAACAGGAGACUCUUCUUGCAAGGAGGGGAAGGUAGGGAAGCAGUUUGCCCUGAUCGAACUUGAUCAUGCUGUCACAUGUGCCCCACAUUCAAUUGUGAUUGGAUCCCGUCUUGAUGCAGAUGUUCAUACAAGUGCCUGUAGAAUAGCCUUCUCUGGCAAAAUUAUGGAUGCUAUUUCUGACAUCAAGUACAAGGAGACAGUUCUACCAAAGUUGAAAGUCUUUAAAGUGAAAACUAAGGAAGGGCAGAUCGAGAGGGCCAUGGACCAGUAUACCAUCAUUGCCAAGAAUCUCUUCAAAAAGGAAACUAAUAUAGCGGCGUUUGCCAAUCUGAAAGUUGUCUUGUCCUCGGGAGAAAGGGGCAUGAUUGAGGGCGGAUUUGGUCAGAGUGGAAAAGUGAAAAUACGAAUUCCAGAUGGGUUGACCACUGACACAUUUCAACGGUACACCACCAAGAAGAAAAGCAAGGGUAAAGAGGACAGUGCCUCAAAUGUGGAAGAUUCAGCAGUAUCAGACAACAAGGAGCCAGUGAAAAUUUACAUUCAUUUCAAACGUUAUGUGUAUGAUCCUAACAAAAAAAUGGUUCAGUCUGGUUAG